CCCCCCCCCCCCCCCCGAUUCGCGGCGUCUCCAGGGAGGCUCCCUCCGGGUACGCGCGGCUUGACGGAAUCACUCUGCUGCUAAUUUCGUAGCGGUUCUGGUGACACCGCUGUUUUAUUACAAGGAAGCAAUGGAGUGGCGGGUUGCUGAUAUUUUCUACUACUGCCCAAUGUGAAAGAAAGAAACUUUUACAAUGGCCCCAGGAAGCAGCAUUGUGACCGAAGUCCCUGAGUCAGACUGUGGAGAUGAUGGGCUUUCUGAGGCACUUGGGAACAUUAGGCUUGACGUAGAUUCUACAUGUAAACCAUGGUCUACAUCACUAGCCAAUGUUGCAUUAUCAUCACUGGCUGGCUUGAAUGAUCUGCUUGAAUGUCCAGUGUGUGCAAACUCAAUGCGCCCACCUAUACUUCAGUGCCCAAAUGGUCACACAAUUUGCUCUAGCUGCAAGCAUAGGGUGGAGAAUCAUUGCCCUACUUGUCGCCAGGAACUGGGAAAUAUCAGAUGCUUGGCUCUGGAAAAGGUGGCAGAACAACUUCAGCUUCCAUGCAAAUACCAAAGCAUGGGAUGUACCGAGAUUCAUCCUUACAAGAACAAGCUCAAGCACGAGGAAUUCUGCAGGUUCAGGCCGUACAAUUGUCCAUAUGCAGGUUCAGAAUGUCUGAUCACAGGUGAUGUUCCAAUGCUUGUGUCUCAUCUCAUUAAUGACCAUAAGGUGGACUUGCAUGAAGGCUGCACAUUUAACCACCGAUAUGUGAAGCCCAACCCUUACGAAGUGGAAAACGCUACAUGGAUGCUCACCGUUUUCAAGUGUUUUGGGCAGCACUUCUGCCUCCACUUCGAGGCGUUCCUUCUCGGGAUGGCGCCGGUGUACAUGGCGUUCCUGCGGUUCAUGGGCGAGGAGAGCGAGGCUGAGAACUUCGGCUACAGCCUGGAGGUAGGCGGGGGCGGGCGGAAGCUGAUGUGGCAGGGCUCGCCACGGAGCAUCAGGGACAGCCACCGGAAGGUGCGGGACAGCUACGAUGGGCUGAUCAUCCACCGGAAGAUGGCCCUCUUCUUCUCCGGCGACAAUGGGCAUGAGCUCAAGCUGCGGGUCACCGGCCGCAUCUGGAAGGAGCAAUGCCAAGCCGGUGGCACGCACUGCUUCAUGGUGAUUCCUCCAUCCUCUUACCCUGGGUGCUGAGAAGUGAGUACCAACUACCAGGCUACCACCAGCUCCAACUUUUGCUUGUUGCUUCUUCCCUUGGCUCCAUGCCUCCAUUCCAUGAUGAUGCUGGAAAAAUACUUUUGCCACGAUGGGACGCCUGUAGCCCAGACUGUCUUCCAACUUGAUUGACACGAGGUAAAAAAGGCCCUGCAAAACCUGGCUGUCAUGUUGAUGUCGAGACUUGGCUGGGCCGAGAUGGACACGUGAUCUCGAAGUGCAUGGGCUUCUUGGUCAGCUGCAGCGUGAUAUCACGGUUUUUGAUUUCACGUACACGGGUGCAGAUGUCAGUGACCGAAUGCAGAUCAAACCAUCGUCUGAAUGCAGCAGUAUGUUUCUGUUUGGCAUAGCUAAAACUUAUAAGGGUUUUUUUGAAAAGCUGUUUAUGAUUUUUGAGAAAAGUGGUUAGCAUAUGGAUUUAAUUUUCAGACUCUCAACACAUUAGCUUUUUAGAAAAGUUGAUUUCAGCCUGUUUAUCAAUUUUUAGUUUAUUUCAUCA